AUGGAGGCUCUUGAAGUUGAUGACAUUAGCCCUGCCUUGGAAGUGACUGAAGACUUUUUCAAUAGUUUUGAUACCAAGCUUGAGAAGAUUGUGCAGCCCUCUGAGGUAUAUGGUGUACAGGAGGUCCCCGAACUGGUUGGGCACGAGGUAUUUGAUCAGAUAACAGAAAGCAGGAAUCUGAGGAACGUCGCCUCCUUGGCCAAAAGUAGCCUCAUCUGGGAUCACUGCAAAAAUGGCCUCUUGGAAACCAAAGCUCAGACAGUGUUCCCCGCCAAAGACCAGCGCGUGGUGCAGAGGGGAACGGCUGCUGACAACCUUGCUUGGGCAGGGGAAGGGGAGACUGCAGCUUUUAACAUCUUCACUAUCUGCCAGCGGAGGAGAGACAGGCCUCGCUCGGUGAACGACAUCUUGGUGCAGAAUGAGGAAGCCUCCACAUUCAAGCCAGGACACAACAGGUCACGCUCCGAUAUCAGCCAUGUAAACUGGGGAGUGGUCUUCACGGGCACCUCCCUGCAGCAGCCGCCUGCGCCUGGGGAGGGCAAUAACUGCGCCCUGCUCUCUUACCUGGCGUUAACCAAGGGAGAGGACAUCCAAGGAAACACAGAACACAAGCCAACGUUCCCAAAUAUUCUGAAGAAGGGAUACUUAGAAGUUAGAAGAGGCAAUGACAGCUACUGGCAAACCUGUUACGCUGAGCUCUCCCCAUACAAACUGUACCUGUAUUGCUUGGACAGCAGUGGCAACCAGACUCUUCCCACCGUGUAUCCACUCAUGCAUUUUCAAAGGGUCACUGUUACUGGUUGCAUUGAAACCAAGGUGGUGGACACUGUCCUGUCGGACAACUCACAGCUACAGCUGAAGGCAGAGUCCUCAUGGGAGGCUUUGGACUGGGGACAGAAACUCUGGGAAGUGGUGCGUGCUUCUGUGCCUGCUUUCACAAGACAGCAGGAGAAAGUGGAGAACGUGCCAAAGCCUGACAAUAACAGUGACCUUUCUCAAACCAAUGGAUUGUUAGAGAAGCCUAUGGAGCUCUUUCUGUCCAUGAAUUUGACUGAAAACACUAAAGAGUACCAAAAUAUUCUCAAAUCAGGGACUCUUUACAGGUUAACUGUCCAGAACAACUGGAAGGCAUUUACUUUUGUCUUGAACAGGUCUUAUCUCAUGGCAUUCCAACCGGGUAGGCUUGAUGAAGAUCCUCUGCUGAGCUACAAUGUCGAUGUGUGCCUGUCCGUACAGACAGAUACUCAGGAUGGCUGUGACUCUUGCUUUCAGGUCAUUUUUCCUCAAGAUGUCCUCCGCCUGCGUGCAGAGACCCGUCAGAGAGCCCAGGAGUGGAUGGAAGCACUGAGGGCAGCAGCUAAUGCUACUAGAAGUUUAAGUCAGAACCCGCAGGUUACGCUUAGGAACAAACCUGUAGAUCGGCCCUUUGGAAACGAUCUCAGAAAGAGCAAGCGCCAAUCUGUGACCACCAGCUUCCUGAGCAUCCUGACAACACUGUCUCUAGAGAGAGGGCUCACAGUUCAGAGCUUCAAGUGUGCAGGUAAGCGACCAGACUGCAGCAUCUGCACCUACUCCCCUUCUGCAGGAAAUCACUUGGAAGAGCAU